CCACGUAGUCAGAGAGGAGUUCACUUCGUAGCCAAGUCCGUACGAGGAAGAUCCUCGAGAUCGACGCCUUCGAAGCCGCUCUCGCGAGGAUGCCUUAGUCAUAAUCCGAGAAGAGCGUUCCUCUCUCUCGCACUCUCGCGUUGGAUAGGUACAUAGCCGGGAAACCCAGCCCUACCGGCGCUCGAAGCAAGAACAACAACACGCAGCAUCGCCACGUCUCUGCUCUCUAUGGUGGUGCGGAAGAAGGAAAGAGGGUUGCCCAGGGGCCGGGGACGAAGCCGUGAGGGAGGAGUGGAAGUGAAUUCGCUCGGGGAGGAAGGAGCGCGAGGCUAGAGGAGGGAACGAGCGAGCGAGAGAGAAUCCGGUUGCCUGGCGACCAGCCAGCCAUCUAGUUCGAUCCCAGCCAGCCAGCCACCCUCCGCAGGAGCAAGGAACAGUCGUCGGUCUCUCGUAGCGAGUGGGUAGGAACAGCAGUUUCAUUGCAGUUCUACGACAAUAACCCUCGCGCCGGCUAUUAUCACCGAAGUCAUUUCUACGUGGCUGUAUCCAUGAGGUUGCUCGUCGAGCUUCGUGAAAGAGGCUCGUCGCAUGACGGAGACGACGGGACGAGGAGAGAAGCUUGAAGAAACUCUGAACGAGAUGAGAUGAGAUGGGGCGGCCGUGCCGGAUGGAUUUACUGAGCGCGUCCGAGAAGCAUCGGAUAAUGCGAUCGGCGCAGCUCCACUUGGCAAGGAACGUCCUCGUGUUGACCUGAUCUGCGCCUAGCAGCAAGCUUACGCUGCCAACAUGUGACGUGUGUGUUUCGUUUCUGCGUCCAAGCCUAACGAGUCCGAUUUUUCUAUAUCUGUAUAUAUAUAUAUAUAUAUGCAUAUUUAUAUAUAUUAAUCUGCAAGCCGAUUCUCAGACGCGAUAUAUAGAUAUGGUGUCUCGUGAGUGAUUAAGGGAAAGAGAUAAUCGUCGUCCUUUGACCUGUGCCAACGCUAUUACGUUCAAGAUGUUCCAGUGCAUCAUUCAACAGAGGAACGGAUGGAUACAUCCAUACAGCCCUGAUACCAAGGACGUAUUUCCAGAUAUAAGACUGCAGCUCAACGAACAGCUGAGAUGUCUCGACGUAAGGAUGGAGGCGCAAGUCGCCCUAGUGGCCGAACUUCAGGAUUUCUUUCGAAGGAGAGCCGAACUAGAACUCGAUUACAGCAAAAACUUGGACAAGAUGGCGAGGAGUAUCCAGCUGAGGCACAAGGAGCAAAAGCAAAAACGCGAGCAGUGGCCUCUCUUCUCCAGCUACGCCUGCUGGCAGCAGCUCGUCAAUGAGACAAAGUCCCUUAGUCGAGAUCACGCGGCUCUUUCCGACGUGUACAGUACGCACCUCGUGGGAAGGCUGAAUCAAGUGAUGGAGGAUGUUCAGCGCAUUUACAGACGUUGCCGUGAGAUUGGCUAUGAAACCCAUGAGGAAAUUCUACGCGUACUUCAUGAGCUUCAUACCACGAUGAAGACCUAUCAGGCUUACCAGGCGGAAUCGCGACAGGCCGAGACGAAGCUGCGUGUCGCUGAGCAACAACGAAGUAAACUUGAAGUCGCCAACGCGCCGCCUGAGAAACUGGCGCGCAGCAAGAAAUAUCGGCUAAUCGAGAAGGAAGUGAACAAGAGGAAGAGCAAGUACACCGAGGCAAAGCUUAAGGCUCUAAAGGCCAGGAACGAGUACAUCCUUUGUCUGGAGGCAUCGAACACCACGAUACACAAGUACUUCGUCGACGAUCUGUCUGAUCUCAUUGAUUGCAUGGAUUUUGGCUUCCAUAACUGCAUCGCCAGGGCACUCCUGAUGCACUGCAGCGCUGAGGAAGGAAGACAGCGUUCAUUGCAAUCCGGGGCCGAGCAGUUGGCUGCUUGUGUCGGUGCACUUGAUUCGAGAGCUGACAAGCAGAGAUUCCUCGAGUCCCAUCAUGCUGCUUUCAUGAUUCCCAAAAAGUUUGAGUUCCAGGGUCAGCGUGGAGAUGAGGUAGCGUACGAAACACCAGAUCCGGAAUUGCAAAAGGUGCUACAUACCGAGAUGGAACAGCGGCUCGCGCAACUUCAGCAAAGGGUCACGUCUCUCAGGACAGAGUCUGAAGAAGUUUGGAAGACUCUAGAGACUGCAGAGGCCAGUUUACUCGAGAUGCUUACAGCUAAGGAUUACGAUUGCUCCAGGUACUUUGGUGACAAUGCCAUGCCGACUUCGAGACCUCCGGAGACAAUACAGAUUAAGCUGAGAGCCGAUAGACAGGAAACCGAAGAGUUCUACCUCACGAAAUUUAGAGAAUACCUCCUUGGGACUUCGAGAAUAGCCAGACUGGAUGCAAAACAAGAAUAUAUUCGCCAAAGUUUAUUAGACGGUUCUAGCGCUAGUCCAAAUCCAUCGAUUUCGACGAACAAACAGAAACAAGCACGCCGAAAGCGUAUUGGUCGCUUGCAAAUGAAUGGCCAGCCUAAAUUAUUUGGUGGUUCACUUGAGGAGUACCUUGAGAGUACUAAUCAAGAGAUACCACUCAUUGUGAAGAGUUGCGUAAGAGUGAUAAACUUGUUUGGAUUGCAUCAUCAAGGGAUAUUCCGAGUCUCGGGAUCUCAGGUUGAGAUCAACAAUUUUAGAGAGUGGUUUGAAAGGGGAGAAGAUCCUCUUGCGGACGUGACAGACGCUUCUGAUAUCAAUAGUGUUGCCGGGGUACUGAAGUUAUACCUCAGGGAAUUGCGAGAACCACUGUUUCCUAUUAUCUACUUCGAACACCUUAUGGAAUUGGCUCAGUUGGAAUCGAAACAGGAUUUUGUACUGAAAAUGAAAGAGUUGAUAUCCAGUCUUCCGCGACCAGUGGUCAUUGUGAUGCGAUACCUCUUUGCUUUCCUUAAUCACUUAUCAGAAUUUUCGGAUGAGAAUAUGAUGGAUCCUUACAAUCUUGCUAUAUGCUUCGGCCCAACGUUAGUUCCCGUCCCAGAAGAUAAGGAUCAGGUCCAAUAUCAGAAUCAAGUCAACGAAUUGAUUAAAAAUAUCAUUACCUUCUGCGAAGAAAUUUUUCCUGAGGAUAUUGGAGGGAUUCAAUAUGAGAAGUAUAUCAGUAGGGAACCUGAUGACGUAGACGUCGGCGACUCACCGACGGAUCAAGUCCAAGAAGAUAUGGAUUCUGAAGUAUAUCCAUCUGAGGAUGAAUCCGAAAACUUGGAAGCUACCGCACAAUUUGACUUUAACGCACGAUCAGAAAGGGAACUUAGCUUCAAGAAAGGAGACACCCUGACCCUCUAUACGCAAGUAAGCAACGACUGGUGGAGAGGUGCUCUAGCAGGUAGAGAGGGACUGAUUCCUGAUAAAUACAUCAUGCUCAAGAUAAAGGACGAAGAGCGCGAUAAGGAGCUAUUAAAAUCGUCGAGCGAAGAGUCAAUGCGCAGAAGAGCCUCCAGCUCGGCAGACAGUGUUUUGUCGAGUAACAAUUCACCAUUGAUGGGACCAGCUGGUAAUCCUAACACAUGGCCAUCGACAGCAGCGACCGAAACUUCCACAUCAAGUACCGUACUAUUGCAGACAGAAAGUGGGAAUAGCAGUGCAAUUAUUCCAACGGUAGUGACGAGCGUGGCCUGUGUGUCAUCAUCCCAACCGAUCAUCAGCCGAGAGGAGCCGGUGAGCACACCCUCGAGGAACGCGAGGGCGCCCAGUCCUGAGAAGGAGGAAUCCACAGAAGCGCCGGAAGUCUCGCAGGAUCUGGAAAAUGGCACUGAGGUAGAGAACAACAUAACUGUCUUCCUGGAUCCAAUUGCAGCUUCCCAGCAAGCGCAGCAGCAGCUACCACGGGAUGAGGAAAUGUCCGAUGAAAAUGGACGAUUGUCGUCACUCUCGUUAGAUGGCUCAGCGAAGCGAGGUGCUGGCCGGAAGCAGCAGCACUGGAAAUCUCAAAGCAUGAGCGAAGCUGGUCAGCAACUUACGAAUUCCCUCCAGUUGAACGCACCGUCCACGCAGGACGAUGAUCUACAGGAGCAGACAACUUUCUCGGCGAACAGAGAACUCUGGCAGAGACGUGCGACUUCACAGACUCACCUGACCCCACCGAUCCCACCAACACCGAAGUCUUUCAGAUCGUCCCAAGAAUUUCGAGAAAUGCGACAGAAGCAUACACCGGAUCUUGUUAUGGACUUGCCAUUGAGUGCUCAGGAUGCCGGUAAGAAAUCCACCUCCUCCAGUAGCUUAAGCAGUUCCGACGAAGAGACUCCAACAGUUCCACCUUCAAGAGCUGAAGCAGCAACAUCCCCGACGGGUGGACCGGAAUCUCCAGACAUGAGUACAGCAGCCGAGAGAUUUGCCAAGCAAAAUCAAUGUACCCUCAAGAAGAAUACAAAGUCAAACUUGGAGGGUGGAAAAUUAAAACGCAUGGAGGCUGAGGUCGAGCCCGAUAUGGAAUCCGAGGAGUUAGUGAGAUCGGCAAGUUCUAAUCAGAUAUCUGACUCGAUGCCUCUGAGGUCACCACUGCCGCCUCGUUCAACGCCAAAAAUAGCCGCGAAAUUUGCGGAUAUGCAUUUAACGGGUGGCAGUCAGGUAUCCAGCUUCAAACCUCAAGUGAAAGUCAAACCGACCAUUCUCCGGAAGCCUGUCUUGCCAUUUCCCCAUCCGCACAUGAGUCCCGAGCUAGCCAGAAAGAUCGAGAAGCAAGCUCAUAGCGCCGAGCCGGCAAACUGAUCCUUGCACUCGGACGAUCGUCCUGACCAAUCGGAAAGCGACUCCGAAGGUUUUUAAUAAUACUCAUCGUCCUCGUGAUUCAUUUAGAGAUACUCAAUAAAAAUCCACGUCUCCCGAGCGCUAAGCGAAAUAAAUCAUCGAACGUCGUUUUCAAGUUUAGAUUUUAGAUGAGGAAUUGUGAGAAUGAGAAAUGGAGAGUCUGCCAUAGAAAGUGUGUGAAAGAAAGAGAGAGAGAGAGAGAGAGAGAGAGAGAGAGAGAGAGAGAGAGAGAGAGAGAGAGAGAAAAAAUUUAAGUGCGAAUGCUAGAAAAACCAUCCACGCAAACCCAUCCCAUCGAGACCAAUGGCUCCGCCCGAAGGAAGGGCUUCACACUACUGUAUCCAAUGGAAAAAAAAAGAAACUACUGGAAGCGACUAUGUUCGUUCAUCUUUUUUUUAGUGCAAGAUAUCGCAGACGUAUAUAACUCCGCGAAUGAGAGCUUCGUAUAGAUAACGCGAACAUAGCCGUUCCCGGUACUAGUUUAUUUUUUCUAUGAAUACUUUCUGUCGUUUUUUUAUCUUAUUUUUUUACCAAACGACCCACGAAACGAUGUUCUAGUCAUCAGGCAAAAGAUAGCUGGCUAAGAAAGCAAGCGAAAGAACGGAAACAAGAAUUUUGUAGGAUGGAUCGGAGAACGAAUAAGAGAAAAGUUGAAUUAAUAAUAAUAAUAUAAUUAUAAUUAUAAUUAUAAUAAUAAUAAUAUCGAUGCAUCGAAAGGGAUAUUCAUAAAAAGAAAAAAGAUAUUUGCAUGACGGAUAUGUAAUUUAUUUUUGAUUCGUAGAUUUUUGCGAUUCCAAAAUUUUCCUCAUAUUUGCUAACUACGAUUACUAAUUAUAAUGUUUAACGAUAAACAUGUUCGAUGUUCCUUUAAGCAGGCGCCGGCGGACGAAUUUUAAUAAUUCCUUUCGAGAGGGCGUUUAUUCUCCUGCUUGAACUGUCUUUAGUUUUUGUUUUCUCUAUUUUUUAAAAAGUAAACGUAUGAGUGAGAGGGUUUAGAACGGAUAGGACGAAGUUGUACCACCCCGCGUACGUUAUUUAGAUUGUAUCGCGUAAUUGCAUACAAAAUACGUUAUAAUAGGUACUAAUUACGGCAGAAUAAUGUUCGAUAUAUUCAAAGGUAAUGUAUGUACAAUAACAUGAGUAUUUAACUGAUCGAUAUCGAUAGCCGUAAGGCAUAAAUGUCCGAAUGAUUUCCAAUAGGCGAGAUUAAAAGUACAUAAAGAAAGAAGAGAUCGUUAUAAAACUUCUCAGUGUAAUCAUGCCUUUUUGCUAUAAUCCUGAUAAAUGACAAUUAUACUCAUAAUAAUUGAAUAGCAUGCAAACGUACGUACAUCCAUAAAUAAGCAAAACCAUUACAUGCAUAUAUUCUUGAAAAAUUGUAUUGAUCGAUCGAUCGAUCAAGUAAAUUAACUCAAUUAUACGGUCCAGGGUGGCUAGCUACCUUACAGCUAUGAUAAUUAUAUUGCAUUGCAUUAUCUAGUUUAUUUACUGAUAAUACAAUAAAUAAUACAAAUAACAUUGCAGAUACCGUGAACCCACCGCAAUAUGAAAUACCAAAGCUAUUACUAACAGCUCCCUCCCUCUUCCGAUAUGUAAAAUAUUUUUCAAGCAACAAACGAAUUUCUGUUUUUAACAUUGUUUAUCCCAUUAUAAUGUACUCGGUAAAUUCUCUCUGUAUAGUAAUUUUCUACGUGCGACAUAUUGAAAAUGUUACUUUUUAAUUAAAUUAAUUGUAAUUUAAAUAUAGUUGCUAUAUAUAUAUCGUAUUGGUGAUUUUAAGAAAGUAAGGAAGUCUAAUCAACAGUAACCGCAUUAAGGCUAAUGACGUUAACGAUAAUAAUAAACGAAAUACGUACAGGCUGUAUAA